GAACAAUAGAGAUGACGAUGUCACCAUAAAGAUACUGUACUGUGGGAUCUGCCACUCAGACCUUCAUUGCAUUAAGAAUGAAUGGACAAAUGCCAUCUACCCAAUUGUCCCAGGACAUGAGAUUGUUGGUGUCGUUACCGAAGUGGGGAGCAAUGUACAUAAGUUCAAGGUUGGAGACAAGGUGGGAGUGGGCGGCUUGGUUAAUUCUUGCCGUUCUUGUGACAGCUGCAAACAAGGUUUCGAGAACUACUGUCCCAGAUUCAUACUUACAUACAAUGCCAUCGAUACCGAUGGAACGAUGACCUAUGGAGGGUACUCUGAUACGAUAGUCGUCGACGAGCAUUUCGUUGUGCGGAUCCCUGACACCAUGGCCCUAGACAAGUGUGCCCCACUGCUUUGUGCUGGCAUCACUGUAUACAGCCCAUUGAAGUAUUUUGGACUCAAUGAAGCAGGGAAGCAUGUUGGGGUGGUCGGCCUUGGAGGGCUCGGCCAUGUAGCUGUGAAGUUUGCCAAAGCCUUUGGAGCGAAGGUCACAGUGGUUAGUUCAUCCCCUAAGAAGGAGAAGGAAGCAAUUGAAAAUUUGGGAGCUGAUGCCUUCAUUGUUAGCAGUAACCCUAAGCAAAUGCAG